CAUAUAAUCCGAAUAUAAAGCCGAAAUAUAGGACCCAAAUACAAAAAAAAAGCUAUAUCGAUCGCAGACCCGGCGCGCGAGGUCCCCCGACCUCCGCACAACCCCAUACUAGGGGCUGUGUUCGAGCUCGAGGACUCAACCAUGUCUGACUUUCACCCACUUCCUUAUUCACCAGCAACACAACCUCCAUCAUCGUCGUCGUCGCCGCCACAACAAUCAUCAUCAUCAUCAUCAUCAAUAAAGCCAAUGAUGAUAUCGCCGCUGUACAAGCAGCACUCGUGGUCACCAGACGCGUACCGCGACGAGGCGUGGCUGAGGCGCAAGGGGAACCACAAGAGCAAGAACAGGAACAGGAGCAAGAGCGUGACAGACGAGGACGUCGACGAGCUCAAGGGCUGUAUCGAGUUGGGUUUCGGAUUCGAGCUGAUCGACUCGCCUGAUCAUGUCGUGGAUCAGCGUUUGUCUGAUACUUUGCCGGCUUUGGGUCUCUACUACGCUGUCAACAAGCACUACAACGACACCGUUUCCAACUCCAAGUCAACCCUCACGCCGAGUUCGUCAACGGCGUCGGACUCCGACACUCCCAGCUCUCCUCUCGGUAGUCCUCACCACACCCUAUUAGGACCCGGUGAUAAUCCUCAGACGGUGAAGACAAGGUUAAGGCGGUGGGCUCAGGUGGUUGCUUGCUCGGUGAGGCAAAGUUCUAGCUGAUUCGAUCAAGAAAAAUGGUGAUUGUGGAUCGGUUUCUAUCAGGGUUAAGUGCCAACCAAACCAGAGUUUAUCAAAGUAACCAAACAUCAAUAUCAAUUUCCUUCUUAUGAUUCCCCCACCCACUUUUGUUUGGUUUAGUUAUUAUUAAUGAGUUUAAGUAAUGUGAAGAAAAAAAAAAAGAGAAAAAAAAUUCUCAUCAAAUGGAAGCCUUAGCCAACUUGUAUCGGAUUGACUUUUUUUUUUUUUUUUUUUUUUUUU